UGUACUUGCACACUGCUUCCGGCCGAGCUGAGAGGGCGGGCCCUUUCCCACUGCAGGCGGCUCGUUGAGAGUAGGGAUCUUCCGAUGCCCAGAUCCGACCUCUUCUUUUGGGUGCGCUCCUGCUGCCGCGCGGAGGCCCUCGCCAGCCUAGGCCUCGUCCUGCCCUUCCUCCUCGUCCUGCCCGCCCUCGUCCCUGUCCGUAGCCAUUUUGGCUCAAGCCGUCUUGAGUUCAAGGGGCGAAUCCAAGUCAGCUCGAGGCGCUUCCAGGGUUGCCAGCCCUGCGACUUUCCCGCUUGGUGACAUGGCCGCGGCUCUCAAGGCGAAGUUCUCCGAGCUGGACACGGAUGGCAGCGGCGCGAUCAGCAAGGAUGAGUUUGCGAAGCUACUCAAGAAGGGGAACCCGAGGAUCGACGAGAAGUCCAUAGAGACUGUCUGGAAAAAACUCGACUCGGACGGCAGCGGGAAGCUCAGCUUCGACGAGCUCGCGAACUACCUUGGCAACAGCGGCGACAAGAUGGAGUUCAAGAGUCCAGGUAUGUCGCCCGCCUGCCAGACCUUCUGCGAUGUCUUCAAGAGCUUGACGUACAAGACGGACGAGGGCCGGGUCGCCUGCGGACACGCCUUCGCAGCCUGCGACCCGAAUGGCAACGGGUACGUCUCCCUGGCCGAGGUGGACGGGUGGAUCCAGAAAGUGCUGAUCACCUACUUCGGGCAGAAGGGCUGCGACGGGGACCCCAAGGAGGAGGGGGCCCGCAUCUGGAAGUGUUUCCGCGCUUCCUACAUCCGCGCCCGCACCGACGCGAAGGACAUCGCCGGCGGCGGGAGCCGCGCGGACGACUACGUCACCGCGAAGGAGUUCCGCCUGCUCUGCACCUACCUCAUCCUGUACGCAGCUAUGUACGACGCCUUCGCCCUCAUCGACGGUGGUGGCGGCAGCGUCGAGGACAAGUCCGGCGACGACCGCAAGAUGACGCUGGCGGAGUGGAAGCAGGGCUAGAAGACCGUCGCGAAGCAUGGUUUCGUCGGCCUGAGCGACGCUGCCAAGCUGGACGCUGCGGGCGCCGAGGAGGUGUUCAAGAAGAUGAAUAACGGCAAGGACGCCGAGGGCAAGGAGUACGGCAACGACAGCGUGGUGAUGCUGGCGGAGUUUUGCGCGUACGUGGAGAAGUGCGAGAUUGACGCGGGGACCCCGUUCGGCCAAGCACUGGGCGCAUGACCUGGGCAGCGGCGCCGCUCUUCUCGGGCGCCCCCCUGCUUCCUCACCCUCCUCGUCUCCUACUCCACCCUGAACCUGAUCCGACCUCCCUCCUCGAAGGAAGGGUCUCUCCAGCGCGCGCAUAAUGUGGCGCGCGCUGUUGAUUUCACUUGGCCCAGCUUGCAACGAAUGACGCGGCCUGUUUGGACCCGCGCCGUCCGCACGCGAAGAGUUAGUUCCAGCAGCCUUGAGGCGAACGCCUGGAUGGGCGCGGGACUUCUCCUCAGCCACCGCACCAGACACUGACUGGCCUCUGAUGUUGUGCAACCUGGCGGUCGCAGUGACGUACGCAGCGCCAGGGGUAACCCGAGCGUGCCUAGCUUAUCUACAGUAGAGUGCCUUGCUGACCGGACCAGCGAGCUUCGAGACGGGCUGCGGAUUCACUAUCCUUACGGUAGGUCUUGCAACGCUUGCCGCGUCGAGAAGAUUAACCCGG